AUGAUUAGUAACAUACGACAAUUAUCCAGUAGAAUAACUGGUAAACAAUAUACAAUAUUUGCCAGAUCGAUCUAUCUACACAAGGGACCAAGAAUUGAAGGUCUUAAAAGAGAUCCAGAAGCAGCAUUCGUUAAUCCAAAGGGAAUCAAAUACGGAUUAAAUGAAACCAACAUCAAUCAUAUCAAGUCAUUUUUGGGUGAUAAAUACAAUAUACCAGAUGAAAUAGCAUUACAAGUGAUAACUCAUAAAUCCUUUGGUAAUGGUAUCAAACCAUAUAAUGAGAAAUUAGCUGCCAUGGGAAGUAAAUUAUUGUCAUUAUAUUUUGCCAAAUAUGUAACUAAUCAACCUUGUAAACAUGAAAAUGGAGUGGAGGGGAAAAAUUUGGAUGUUUUGGGAUCACCAAUGUCAAGAGAAUUACCAAGUUUGAAAACAGCAGCUAUAUUUGCUAAAUUAAAUAAUAUUAAUGAAAUAAUGUUUUGGCAUACUAGAAAUUCAACAUUAGGAUUUGAAAGUAGUGGGGAAUUGAAAGUAAGUGGUGAAUUAUUAUACAGUUUAGUUGGUGCUGUCAAUUUUUUUCAUGGUAAGAAUAAAGCAGAAGAAUUUAUUACUGAGAAAUUAGUCGAUCAAUUUGAAAAAAUCAGUGCCCAAAAUGUAAGAAACUGA